AUGAUCGUUCUCGUCCAUCUUCUGCACCCUCCUCCAAUUCAAGAUUUUCUUCUGGCAGUUCCCCUGGUGGUCUUCUUCACCGAUUUCCCUUCAUUGUGCAUGUUGCUACAAAGGCUUCCUACAACACUUGGCAUCAAAGAUUGGGUCAUCCCUCCUCCAAAAUCCUCAAUAAAGUAUUAUGUACUCUUUGUUGAUGACUGUACGAAAUUCCGUUGGUUUUAUCCAAUAAAGACAAAAUCUGCGGUUUUUCAAACAUUUCUACAUUUCAAGUCCCAUGUUGAAAAGUUGUUAUCUCUUUAUGUUAAGGCCCUACAAUCAGAUUCAGGGGGUGAGUUUCUUAGUACUGCUUUUGUGACCUACCUCAAGGAUAAUGGCAUUAAUCAUCAACUUAGUUGUCCUCACACUCCCCAAAAAAAUGAGUGUGCUAAGAGAAAACACAGACAUUUGGUUGAAACUGUUAGGACUUUACUGUCUGCUUCUAAGGUUCCUCAUCAGUUUUGGGUUGAAGCCUUUACAACUGCUAUCUACCUUAUUAAUCGAAUUCCUAUUUCUUCCAAAACUAUCUCCCCUUUGGAACUUUUUCUCAAAAGAAAAUCAGAUUAUUCUCAACUUAGGGUGUUUGGUUAUGCUUGCUAUCCUUGGCUUAAGCCUUAUACCUCAUCCAAACUUGAUCCCAAGAGCACAAAGUGUGCGUUUCUAGAUUUUCCAUUUCAUACUCUACCUUUAGUCUCAUCUCAUUUGCCUACUUCCUCUUCUGCUUCACCAAGCUCUCUCAUUUAUUUCGUCCUCUUCUCUCCCCUCUCUACUUCACUUCCUCCACAAUCUGCCACUACACAAUUUGUCUAUCCUGCUGCUGCUUCUAUUCAUGCGGUUCCCCCCUCCCACCAAUUUAACCCACUCACCUAA